AGUUCGGUUUUUCUCUCGUCUCGUCAGGAUCAAAUUUGGCAAAUGUUGAGGUUAAGUUGUGCAAUUCGUUUCAGUGAAUCUAGAUUUAGAACAGUUUUAAUUUCAUCAAAAACUGCUUGAUAGUAUUAAUUCAACAGACAAGAUCAAAUCGGAUUGAAAUCAGGUCUCCCAGUGUGCUUUUGGGACCGUCCUUCUUUAAACUAAAACAAUCAUUAAUGCCUGCAUGGAAUAAUGGAGAAGGAUAAGAAUGAGAGAGAUGAGAGGCUUCCACAUCCGAGGGCGAAAGCCAACUUUCUGUCCGCUGCUACUUUCAGCUGGACCUUCCCUAUGUUUCGUUUGGGAUAUAAAAGAGACCUGGAGGUGACUGAUUUGUAUGCAACACUCAAAGAACACUCAUCGAAUAAUCUGGGAGACAAAUUUGAAAGGAAAUGGAACGAGGAAUAUUCAAAGGCAACCAAGAGAAAAAAGGAGCCCAGUUUGACGAAAGUGGUGUUCUCUGUAUUUGGAGGAGACAUCGCUUUCUUUGGAUUCUUCUUACUUUUCAUUGAAGUGGUUGUAAGGGUAGCCCAACCGCUGUUACUAGGCAGACUGAUCAGAUACUUCACACAGAAGCAGAUGUCUGCGGAGGAAGCUGGGCAGAUGGCCGAAGCACACGAACUGGUGACGGAGCGGGACGCCUAUCUGUAUGCAGUGGGGCUGAUUGCAUCGUCUGCACUUUCCGUCGUCAUGAUCCAUCCCUACAUGAUGGGAGCCAUGCAUAUCGGCAUGAAGAUGCGGGUCGGGCUCUGCUCGCUCAUCUACAGAAAGGCACUGCGAUUGUCGAAAACGGCACUGGGUGAGACAACAGUGGGUCAGAUUGUGAACCUGUUAUCGAACGACGUGAACCGGUACGACAUUGCGUGCAUAUUCGCGCACUACCUGUGGAUCGGGCCACUCGAAACUGUCAUUGUCACCUACUUCCUCUGGCAGGAGAUCGGCGUUGCGUCGCUAGUCGGAGUGGCUGCGCUACUGGUUGCUAUCCCGUUACAAGCCUGGCUUGGAAGGAAGAGUUCCGUAUACCGUUUGCGAACAGCCAUCAGAACCGACGAAAGAGUACGACUGAUGAACGAAAUCAUUUCUGGCAUUCAGGUCAUCAAAAUGUACGCUUGGGAAAAAUCUUUUGCCAACAUGGUUUCUAAUGCUCGCAGGAAAGAACUGAACGAAAUACGCAAAACAUCUUACGUGAGAGCCCUGUUGUUAUCAUUCAUAAUUUUCCAUUCAAGACUGGCUGUGUUCAUGAGUAUACUCGCCUAUGUUAUCACUGGGUCGAGUAUUAAUGCUGAAAAGGUGUUUACUGUGACUUCGUUCUUCAAUAUCUUGCGACAAACCAUGACAAUAUUUUUCCCGCAAGGUAUUGGACAGAUUGCCGAAGCUAUGGUUUCAACCAAACGAUUACAGAAAUUCAUGAUGUACGAAGAAAUCCAGAAUACUUCGUACACUUCUGCAGCGACCAACAACAAUUCCGAGGAUAAUGGCAAACGGAUGAACGGUGUGGACAAGACAAAGAGCGACAACACUAAGGAGAAUGGGACCAGUAAGGAGAACGGACCAAUGGGGGUUAGUGUGACCAUUAAUCCCAAGGAAUCGGGGGAAGCCGCCAUUGUAAUGGACAAACUCACUGCAAAAUGGACACCGGAUCUGACCGAGAACACCUUGAAUAAUAUCAAUCUCGAACUGCCGCAUGGCAGUUUGAUGGCUGUUAUUGGAUUGGUCGGAGCUGGCAAGUCGUCGCUGCUGUAUGCGAUCCUGCGCGAACUGCCGCUGUCGUCCGGUUCGCUGACUUUAAACGGCGGCCGACUGUCGUACGCGUCACAGGAGCCGUGGCUGUUCGCGGGCAGUGUUCGCCAGAACAUUCUGUUCGGCGAGCCGUACGAUCGCGAACGCUACCGGGAGGUGACGCGCGUCUGCGCACUGCGACCCGACCUGGAAAUGAUGCCCUACGGCGACAGGACGGUGGUGGGUGACAGGGGUGUGUCGCUCAGUGGCGGCCAGCGCGCCAGGAUCAAUUUGGCCAGAGCAGUAUAUAAGAAAGCUGACAUCUACCUUCUGGAUGACCCUUUAUCAGCAGUCGAUACUCACGUCGGAAAGCAUUUAUUUGAAGAUUGUAUAUUGGGUUACUUGAAAAACAAAACACGGAUUUUGGUGACGCAUCAGCUUCAGUACUUGAACAAUCUUGAGCACAUUAUUAUGUUGGAUAAUGGAAACAUAUUAGCGCAAGGCAACUACAAACACAUCCAGUCAUCAGGAAAAGAUUUGGCCAAUCUGAUGGCAAAACAUACGGAGAGUGAUGACUCUGAUCCAACUAGUAGUCACGUUCAGAGACAGUCCUCAGUCCAGAGUAUCGCAUCCUCGCUGGAUGACUCGAAAAUGCAAGAAGAGCCGCCCGAAACAAAGGAGACACGCAGCGUCGGUACAGUGGGUGGAAGGGUGUACAAGAGCUACAUCUCUGCCACCGGAAACUUCUUCAUGGUAAUCUAUUGCCUGCUGCUCUGCAUUCUCACACAGCUGUUCGGAUCUGGAGGCGAUUUCUGGAUUACUUACUGGGUCAAUCUUGAAGAACAGAAACUACUUCGUGAGCAGCAGGGCGUCGAUAUUCAUUUGAAUCUGACAACAAAUUCAACAUCAGAAGUGACCAAAUCGAAUAACGGGACGUACAUUUAUGCUGAUGGAGAUUACCUACUGAGGACCACUCCAUGGUUCGACUUGACUCAGCGGACCUGCAUGUAUAUCUUCACGUUUUUUAUCGCAGGUGUUGUUUUGGUGACUCUGAUCCGUUCGUUCACGUUUGUGCGCAUGUGCGUAAGAGCUUCCAUGACUUUGCAUGACAACAUGUUCAACUCGGUAACUCGCGCUACUAUGAAAUUCUUCAAUACUAAUUCAUCAGGACGUAUUCUGAACAGAUUCUCAAAAGAUAUGGGCUCGAUUGAUGACAUGUUACCAGGUGCUAUGAUUGAUUGUCUCCAGAUUGGCUUGACGAUAGUGGGUAUUAUAACAGUGGUGGCGCUUGUCAACUAUUUGCUGUUGAUACCCACGUUUGUGAUUGCCAUCAUAUUCUACUAUUUAAGACGUUUCUAUCUGGCAACGUCCCGUAGUAUCAAGAGGCUUGAGGGAGUCACUCGUAGUCCUGUAUUUUCGCAUUUGACUGCUUCCCUGCAAGGACUGUCUACUAUAAGAGCGUUCAAUGCUCAGGAUAAACUAAGAGAGGAGUUCGAUAAUCAUCAGGAUUUGCAUUCGUCAGCUUGGUACAUGUUCGUAGCAACAAGUCGCGCCUUUGGAUUCUGUUUGGACCUUUUCUGUGUUAUCUACAUUAGUUUGGUGACUUUGAGCUUUCUCCUACUGGGAACUGAGACUUUUGGUGGAAACGUGGGUCUGGCUAUUACACAAUCAGUGGCCCUAACUGGAAUGUUCCAAUGGGGAAUGCGACAAUCGGCCGAAUUGGAAAACCAGAUGACUUCUGUCGAGAGAGUGCUCGAGUAUACCAACCUGGACAGCGAGCCUCCUCUCGAGUCUCCUCCAGAAAAGAAGCCACCUCCAACGUGGCCAAGCGAAGGAAAAAUCGAGUUUUCGAAAGUUUAUCUGAGUUAUGUGGAUGAAGAGCCACCGGUGCUCAAAAACCUCAACUUUGUCAUCAAAGCUGGAGAUAAGGUGGGAAUAGUAGGUCGUACCGGCGCUGGCAAGUCGUCGCUAAUUGCGGCACUGUUCCGACUGACUCCAACCAGCGGCGACAUCCUCAUUGAUGACGUCAGCACGGCUCAGCUCGGUCUGCACGAGGUGCGUUCGAAAAUAUCCAUCAUCCCGCAGGAGCCGGUCCUGUUCUCGGGCACCAUGCGCAAGAAUCUGGAUCCAUUCGGCGAGUAUCCUGACAGUGUGCUGUGGAAUGCUCUCGAAGAGGUUGACUUGAAGGAUGCAGUGUCCGAAUUGGCUGGUGGAUUGCACGCGAAAAUGUCGGAAGGUGGAACUAAUUUCAGUGUCGGACAGAGACAGUUGGUAUGCCUGGCCAGAGCCAUAGUUGGCAACAACAAGAUACUAAUCAUGGAUGAAGCUACUGCCAACGUUGACCCACAAACGGACGCUCUUAUUCAAAAGACAAUUAGAAGGAAAUUUACGAAUUGCACAGUUCUGACCAUCGCUCACCGACUUAACACUAUUAUGGACUCCGAUAUGGUUCUAGUUAUGAGUGCUGGAUCUCUUGUUGAGUACAAUCAUCCUUACCUUCUUUUGAAAAAUUCUGACGGAAUUUUCUUCAAAAUGGUUGAACAGACUGGAAAAUCAACUGCCGAAGCUCUGCACAAAAUUGCUGCUGACUGUUACAAAAAAUACAUAGAUGAGGAUGACGAAGACGAUAUCUAUAACAGACGAGCCAGCAGUGUAACAGAUCUUUAAUUUGUACGAGUUUUUCUCGUAUUACUGAUAAUUAAAUAAACAACCCCUAUUUUCACUAGAAAAUGUACCAAAACUUGAAAAAUACAAAAAUAAAAACACGUGAUGUUUUGUGAUUGUAUUUGUACAAUGUGAUAAGGAAACUAAAGAAUAUUGUUUAAGAAGAGUUAGUUAGAUCUCUUGGUUCGGUUCUUAUAAACUAUAGGGAUACAGUAAGGUUCACUACAAACUGUCUGAAUAGAAAACAUUGAUUCUAUUAUUUGAGAUGGUGACAGUUUGGAAUGAAUCUCACUAUAUUACCAAUAAUUUUGCUAAUUCAUGAUUAUUAGUAAACGCUUAUCUUUUAUGUUCCUCCUUAUUUUUUCAAUAAGUGUUUAGUUUCUUUAGUCGAUUCUCAUUUUAUGAAUUAUAUCCUAGAAAAAAUGAAGAAAUUGUUUAUUUCUUAUGUAAAAAAAACUUUAAUAAACUUGAUUUUAUAGUUUAGACUAUAAGUGUAUUUUGAAUGUAUUCUCAAAGAUGAACGAAAUUUGCUUAGAGUUCGAAUUGAAUGGCGAUGGCUAAAUUUUCCUUUAUAUUUUAUAUUACUUUGAGUUACUAGGUACCUAAAAAGUGGCUACCUUAUGCCACUAUUUAUUAUUCGAUUUAAAUUGCAUUCAUGCAAUAGAUCUAGAUCUAGUGUUAGAACAGGGUUUUCAUGUAUUAUCCUAUAGGUUGGCCAAAACAGUUAUUGACUAUCUUCAAAUGUUUCUAAUUUUUUUGUUGGCCUAUGAGUGCUUCUGCAUUUAUAUAUAUAGAUUGUCCAGAUGUUGAAGGAACAGUUCCCUGGCUUCAAAAUGACCCCAUAUUAGAUCUGUAUGCAGUCUUCAACUAAAUACAGUUCAUACUGUGAUUGCCUUAGUCUAUUCUGUUUCUUAAUGAAAUUUAAAACUAUAUGUACACAAAUAUGUGUUUUGUAUAGACGAAUAAAGGAAAUAGAUAAAUGAAAUUGACAUUAUAAAAUUCAACGAUUUUGUUGCACUGUUGAAUUGAAAUAUAUUUUUUCAGAAAAUUAUCACUACCAAUAUUGUUUUAUUCAAUAUUUUUGUAUUUUCACAAGAUAUAUUAAAUCUUGAACUCACUAGACCAAAUGAUAAUACCCUUGAAAACUAAAUUUAUUGCUCUCAUUUAAUUGUAAGUUUGGUUUAAUUCUUCUCGUAGUAUAAUUUGUAGAUCUUUUGUGUUCUUCGAUAGUAGACAUUUCUUAGAUAAUCUCAGCUUUAUAAUGUUCAAAGAGAAACAAUUUGUAUUUUUUGUCAUUUUCGGUAGUAAAAUUAUGUAGAAAAUAUAUGUUGUGAAAUGAAUUCAAUAUUUAAAAGAAGUUUAAUGAUAUUUUAUAUUGUAAGCAAGUUUAAUCAUGACUCAUGCAUAGUUGAAAUUGAUAGAACAGAAUUCUUGCGAUAUACAGUACUGUUUCAAAAUUAUUGAUGAACUAUAAAUAAUUUAUAAUUAAAUUAUUAAUGAUUUAUAAUUGAAGAUUUUAGGUGUGAUAUUAUUAGACAUCUUCAAUUGGCGUUUACUGUGUUUCAUUAUUGUUAGUAAUCUGAUCUUAAUUCUCAGUAACUUACACAAGCCAAUAUUGUAAUCUAUAUAUUAUAUAUAUAUAUAUAUAUAUAUAUAUAUAUAUAUUAUUUAUCCAACAGUACAACUCUUACUUAAUUUUUAUCUGUUCUAGGAAGUGUAGAUUUAUUCUUAAAUUUCUAUACCUUUCAUUAUUACGUUGUUGUAUUCCUUUGUUAUACCCAAUUAUAAUAGUGUUUUUGAUUCAUGCUAAUGUAUUAUUACAUUGUUUGAAAAAAUCUUGAUCAAAUAUCUCGUAAGUAUGCUUCAUAUUCUCUGUUGAUCGAAAUCCUCCUUUAUAAUCAACAUCAAAUAAUUUAUAAAAAUCUUCCAGAAUUUCGUUUGUUUAAUUUAAAUGUAAUAUUAAUUCAGUUUGGAACUGUAACGCAGGAACAUAUGAAAUAGUGAGUGUUAAUUGAAUAUUUUUGUAAAUAUAGAGAUUAUAUGCAUUAUUAUGUCAUGAUGUUGAUAAAUACAGUAAUUUCGUGUUCAAUAUUUUUUUCAUAAUUGUUCUGAAAUUUUCAGUACCGUACUUAAUUAUUAGCUACAGGUUCGAAGUCUGAUGUUACUUAAUAACGUGGUCUGGAUAAUUUAACUACUUAAUUUACUGGCAAAAUCCAAUUUCACAGUACUUAAUACCUUUAUAAUCCAAAAUACUUUUAUGAGAUUGAAUUAUGAAAAUCUGGCCAGUACUUUAUGUAUCCAUGUUGAGUAAGUUACUUUUUUCUCUGAUAAAACAACAAAUUAUUUUUAGUUGAAAAUACUGUACAAGAUUAUCAAAUCUGAAUCCAACUUAAGCUAUUAUGUGAUUUCCUAAUGUGAAUUCUUUCAAAGAAUUUGAAUUCACCUCAAUCUGAUUUCGAAAAUAAAUUCAUACCCUUUUGUGUUUACUAAAAAACAUAAUUUCAAAUCUAUUGAAAUAAUUUUUUUGAAUCUAUCAUGACAAGUUUGCAGAAUGUUGCAAGUUCUCAAAUAAGCUUCAUAUCCAAUUCUCCAACAAUAUUGUAUGUUCAAUAACGUUCAUGUUUCAUCCAAAAUCGUUUUUUUUUAAUAUUGUCCCGGUGCUGUUUUAAAAUACUCGAUUUUUAUUUGUUUUUUGUCUUACAUUUAAUAUCUAUUAUAUAUCUGGUGCUGUUUACGAUAUAAAACGAAGUGCUAGAUUGUUAAGAAAUAACUUAGCAGGCUACUUGAUGAUGCGAAUGUCUGUUAUGAGAAGAUACCUUAGUAUUAGAGGAAGAUGUUGGUGUUAAAUCUAUUAAACUAUAAAUAUGUGCCUUAUGUAUAAACCAUGCCUUUUCAAAUGAUUAAUGUGCCUCGCGUGUUAUAGAUAAUGCAGUUGAUGUAGAUCUAUUGUAAUAAUAUUGUUAUUGAAAAUAAUUAUUGAUAAAUUGGUACAGAUCGUUCAAGUGUAAUUGAAUGAGUUAUUUGUUUAUUAUUAAGCUACUGUAUUUGUAUGUUCGUAAUUGUAAUACCAAUUUUUAUCUAAAAUAUUGUACCUUAUCGAAAUUUGUAUUUUAUGUGUCAAAAUCUAUCAUUCAUUCAACAUCACAUAACAUUUAUUAUAUUCUUAAACUAUUUGUGAUAAUAAGAAAAAGAUGCAAAUUUUGUUCUAGCUCUCCUCAAAAAAUGUUUUUUUUUUUAUUAUUGUAAAUAAUUUGAUUCAAGAGAAUGUCUUUGGAAAGCGAAAUACCGUAUUGUAAAUAAUUUUAUUCAAGAAAUUGUCUUAGGAAAGCGUGAUACUUUCAUUAUGGAAGAAAACAUUUUACAAGAUGCGAAAAGAAGUAAAAUUGUGCAAGAUACAAAAUUAUCAUUUACAGUGAUUUUCAAUCCAGUUUUGUACGUAAGUUACAUCCAAUAUAUAUUUUUCCAGUAACUUAUUGAUGGAAUCUUACUUUUUUAUUUUUGUAGUAGUUACUCUGUAACUUGAAGCUCUUCUAUUGUCACAAGUGAUUCUUUCUAGUGUUAGUUCUAGUUUUUACACGAUCAAUUUGAAAUUUAUUGUGGUACUUAAUUUCUAUUCCAGUAGGAACGUUGGCCUUUUUCAUUCAGAAUUUGUUUUAAAUUCAGUUGGUGUAUUCCACUAGUGUUUUUAUUUUCAAUGUUAAGUAGACUUAAACAUCCUUUAGAAGGCAAGUUUCACCAGAUCAUUAAUUACCGUUUCCGUGUUCUUCAACACCAAUUAAAUUAUAUUUUCAAAAUUUUGUAUUAUCAUCAAUUGUAAAAGAGGUUCAAGUAAAGAGGUUCAAAAGAGAGGCUUUUAAAAGAGGUUCUGUUCUGAAAGAGUCUGAUUAAAAGAAUCAAAAUAAAAUGUAACACGCAAUAAUUUCACAGUAAGAUUUCAAUAUUCAUUGUUCCAAAAAAUUUUUGGGGAAUUCUUCUAACAAAAUCAUUUCAAAUACAGUCUCUGUAUUUUGAAAAACAUUUAAAUAACUAGUUAUCGUGUUUUAAAAUUAGAAGACAUUCUCUUGAACUAAUUAUUCAUUUUUCUCAUUGCUCCUUGUGAAUCAGCUAAACUCCUUUCCAUUUGAUUUUUCUGAUAAAAAUUAUUUUUCUCAGUGUGUACAAUAUAUUUAUUUAUACAGAAAAAACUUGAUAUCUUUUUAGAAGUAUGAUGUCAACUGUACCAGACAAAGAUAUGCUUCAAAAAUGUGUUCAAAGUAAUUUAAAUGUUCAAAAUUGAUAAAAUGGUUUUCAAAUAAAAAUUUAUUGUUAAAA